AGAUCGCCGUCGAGAUCGCCGCCGGAAGCUGCCACACGCGCCCGCACGCGCCACCAGAAGGUAGCAGCUGCUGGGACUUGCACCGGCGCGUGAGAGAGUGUGAGAGGUCCGUUUUCCGACCAGUCAACGCCGUUGACUUCGCCGUGACGUCAGCUUUCUGGAUUGGUCAAGUUUGUUCGAUUCCGAGAAGAUUUGAUUUACGGUCAACUGUCCGGGCCAGCCAGAUCAACAUAAAUUUUAAGCACAUAAAGCUUCCCUCACAAGUGUUUCCAGCUAACAUUAUAAUACUAUUCAGAUUAAGUCACAUAGGGCACAUAUACAUGAAAAUUAACGAAAAACUAAUUUUUGAAAUUUACAACUCAAUUUGGAAACCUAAACAUGAACUUGCACCAAUUUUCAGCAUGCGUGAUGAAUUUAAAAUGCAUGUAGCUGUUAGUCUAGAUAUCAGCCACAACAUCAUGCUUAACUACAAAUUCUUACCUUUUUCAACUGCGUGCCUCGCAGCCAACGCACAAGAUAUUCACGCGAUGUCGGAGCAAUCCACUCGUCCUAUGGACGACGUCGUCGUCUUUCAUCCAUGCACUAGUCUUCAAGACAUACGCUCGAUCCAACGUACGAGAAUUAUCAACCAUCAGCCCUCUCGAGGCUUAGCCACUCUCAAGAGUUACGACG